AUGAACUUCACAAAAAGACUAAUAUCCGCUCCUCAUUCAACUGUGGAUGACAUUAAGAAAUCAUAUUAAUAGUCAAAUCACCUUUAGAAUUUGCCAGAAAUAGCUAUAUGUUAGAGACAUAAUGAAAGAAAGGUUGCUCUUGAUUAGUUGACUAAUUAGUAGAUUUGCAAUAAAUGCUUAUUUGAGAAUUAAAAGAUCAAACUCGAAAACUCUUAAAAUCAGAACCCACUGUUCACUCCUCUAAUUACCAAAGACAUAAAAAAAAGGUAUGAUCAGUAGCUAGCUAUCUAUAAAGAUAAUCUAUAGAAAGUUCAAUUCAUAUAAGAAGAUUAUGUGAAACAAAAAUUAACAAGUGAAGUAUAAAACUAUUUUAAAGAGCUCAAGCAUUAGCUGACAUUAAUAUAAACUCAACUAAACAAUAAGAUACAAAGUUCUGAAAGCCUGAAACAACUUGAAGAUCUUAUGGAGAAAAACAAGGAUUUGUUUUCAGAAAAGGCAGGGUCCCAGUUCUACUAAAUCAAGUCCUAAUUUGAUGGUAAGAUCGAAAGGUCAAGAUUUUCAUCAAUUAUUACUCACAAGGAAUUUUACAAGAGUAUCCUAGAAAAAGUAGAUCUCUCUAUUGUUGAUAUGAAUCAAACAUUCGAUCAGAUCAAGCAACUCUGCGGAUAGGUACUAGUUUUAUAGCAUAAUUAUGAUCAAGUUAUCAGCGAAAACUUUGAUAUGCUUAUAGAUGAAUCAUUUGCAGUUGACUAGCCAUUAUAUGAAGACGAAGUUAAUAUUCAGGAAGUAAUUCUUGAUGCAAGUUAAAUGAUAAAUUGA